AUGGCUAGUUUGGAUGUAGAAUCACUCUCCACAAAUAUUCCUCUGUUGGAAACUAUUGACAUUUGUGUAAAUCAGUUAUUUGCUGACCCUAAUUUAGGGUCAGGAUUGGGGAAUUACGGAGUCUACGGAGACUACGGAGUCUACGGAGACUACGGAGUCUACGGAGACUACGGAGACUACGGAGUCUACGGAGACUACGGAGACUACGGAGUCUACGGAGACUACGGAGUCUACGGAGUCUACGGAGACUACGGAGACUACGGAGUCUACGGAGUCUACGGAGACUACGGAGUCUACGGAGACUACGGAGUCUACGGAGUUUACGAAAGACGAGACACAGACGUGCCGGAAA